AUGGUCCAUAUCAGCGAGGCAAUCAAGAGCGACCAUGAGAAGAUGCAGUCUUAUUACUACGCCAUGGUGAGUUCAGAGGACCCAGAUGAGCAAUCUCGUAUCCAGAAAGAGUUUAUCUGGGAGCUCACCCGCCAUGCUAUUAGCGAAGAGCUGGUAGUAUAUCCUGCAAUGGAGCAAUUUCUACCUGAUGGCAUGGUGAUCGCAGACAAAGACCGAGAAGAACAUUCUGAAAUAAAAAAGCAACUUGAUACUUUUCAAGAUCUGAACAGCUCCGAUCCACGCUUUCUUCCCACAAUCACAGGCUUGAUGGAUGAUCUGAGCAAAAGCUUCCAUGAUGUAGAGACAAUUGAUUUGCCCAAGUUGGAAAAUCACAUUACUUUCGACGAAAGUGAGCAGCUGGCAAGUUCUCUACAACGAGCCAAGGUAUUUGUGCCCUCCGACUUACGUCCAAGAGUCCCAAACAAGCCUCUCUAUGAAACUGCCGCCGAGAUGAUAACGGCUCCUCUCGAAAACCUUCAGGGCUUGCUCCCUACAUGGUCGGAAGAUGAGCCAGAACCAAAGCGGGCAGAAUGA